AUACACGCACACGUUCACAAUAAAUUAAUUGGAUUCGAUAGCAUCCUCUUUAUCAGCCUCAACACAUCGAGACUCGCACGUACACAUACACUUCAUUAUCACGCAAUACUAGCUUGUGUACUACUGGUUUCCUUUCCCUCUAUCAUUCACUUCCACGUGGCGCGUGUGCUAAAAUAACCGUCGAUUCGGGAAUGGGCAACGACGGCGUGCCGGCCACGGCGGCGGAGGUGGUGGCGGUUGCGGCGGUUGAGCUGACUGACGCCUUCAGCUGGUGGCACGACAUCAACGAGUCUCCGGCGUGGCAGGAUCGUAUCUUCUACGCCCUUGCUGUACUCUACGGUAUCGUAGCUGCCGUAGCUCUGGUUCAACUGGUUCGGAUACAAUUGAGAGUGCCAGAGUAUGGUUGGACCACGCAGAAGGUCUUUCACUUUCUCAAUUUUUUGGUGAAUGGGGUUCGAUGUUUAGUUUUCAUCUUCUUCCGGAGUGUGCAGAGGUUAAAGCCAGAGAUUGUUCAACACAUUUUACUUGACCUGCCAAGUCUUGCUUUCUUUACAACAUAUGCACUUUUGGUCCUGUUCUGGGCUGAGAUUUAUUACCAGGCACGUGCUGUAUCGACCGAUGGACUGAAACCGAGUUUCUAUACAAUUAACAUUGUGGUUUAUGCUAUCCAGAUUACUUUGUGGUUGAUAUUAUGGUGGAAACCUAUCAGUGUACUGCUUAUUCUGUCUAAGAUAUUCUUUGCAGGGGUCUCUUUGUUUGCAUCCCUUGGCUUUCUUCUCUAUGGUGGAAGACUAUUCUUGAUGUUGCAACGCUUUCCUGUUGAAUCCAAAGGGCGACGUAAGAAGCUGCAAGAGGUUGGCUAUGUGACCACCAUAUGUUUUCUAUGUUUCCUUGUUAGAUGCAUAAUGAUGUGCCUUAAUGCAUUUGAUAAAAAUGCGGAUCUUGAUGUCUUGGAUCAUCCUAUUCUGAACUUCAUAUAUUACCUGUUGGUGGAAAUAUUGCCUUCUUCUUUGGUCCUUUUCAUAUUGAGGAAGUUGCCACCUAAGCGUGGUAUCACACAAUACCACCCAAUUCGCUGAAGAGAUUGAAUAUACUUAGAAAAAGGGAGUUAUCAGUGGUUCACUUUUUCCUUGGAUGAUUCUCACGGUACUAGGAUAUUUUUUAGAGUAGAGACAAGCCAGCCUUUUAUAUGUUUGGUGGCAAAGCUUGUUCAUAGAUUUUAAAGUUCUCCCUGAAGGUUUAUAUCUUAUGAAACAUGAUAUUUCAUGCUAUCUCAAACGUGUCAGGCCGUGUUAUCACUUAUCUCUGAUAUUUGCUUUGUCUCUAGGAUCAUAUGCUUUCGUGGUCGAGCAAUUCGACACAAUGAAGAACCCUAAUUGGGAGAACGGAUAGUGAUAUCUUGUAUAAAUAGUGUUUAGGGUGCUACGAGUUCGUAAGAUGUAUUGUUCCUUUGAUUUCUCAGUCGUGCCAACUUACUAUAUUAAUUUCUGCUACACAUCCUACUU